AUGUCCUCCCGUGUCGGUCUUCGUUUCUUCCAGAACUCUCGCGCUGCUUUUCGCAAUGCGCAGCGUCGCUUUGGCGCCGGACGCCGCUUCCAGAGCUCGGAUGCCGCCGCCGAGCAACAGAGCACUUUCCAGCGUAUAUGGAACAGCCCCGUUGGUGUCAAGACGGUGCAUUUCUGGGCCCCUGUCAUGAAGUGGGCUCUGGUCAUCGCCGGUAUCUCCGAUCUUAGCCGUCCCGCCGAGAAGCUGUCUUUGACUCAGAACGGUGCCCUGACGGCUACCGGAGCCAUCUGGACCCGCUGGUGUCUGAUCAUCAAACCUAAGAACUACCUGCUUGCUGCUGUCAACUUUUUCCUCGGAUGUGUCGGUGUCGUUCAGGUCGGUCGUAUCUAUAACUACCACCGUAGCCUGGACGAAUCUCCCGUCGAAGCCAUCAAGUCGAUGGAACACGAAGUGGUUGACUCAGCGAAGGAGGCCGCCGUGAAGGCCGAGGCUGCCGUUGAGAAGAAGUCCGCAUAA